CAGGCAGCCGAGCGGAAGCUCCUCGGCAGACGUCGACGCGAGGCUGUCGGGUCACAACAGUCUCAUCCCAGACGAUCACGUGAACGCGCACGCAGACAGCCGCACGCGCAUAUUGGUCAAGAAGAAGGAGGAGGUGAUAAUGUGACAGGAUGUGGUUUCCCUGAGCUUGUUCAACAUCUGCGCGCACUAAGCGGGGACUCGGAGAAUCUUCAGCCCGCUUGAGGACGCCCGCGUGCGGCCACGGAGGACAGCGAACCCAGGACCCGACACCGCCUCCAACGAGCCGGUCAUCCUUCUUCCACGCGUGGGAUGCUUUGCUCCGCGUGACGCGCGCUCGCACUCGACUUUGAUCCACAGCGAGAGGGUCAGCGGCACAUAGAGUGGCAUCAUGGGCUGCGGACUACGUAAAAUGAAGCCCACGUCGGGCGAGAAGUCACCGGGCAAGAUUUACUCCACGCUGAAGAGACCUCAGGUAGAGACCAAAGUGGGCGUGGCUUACACCUACCGCUACCUGGAUUUCCUCAUUGGGAAGGAUGGUGGAACGUCCACACUGCGUCUUUCCUCGGUGCGAGAGCUGCCAGAACAGUUACAGGAGCUUUACCAGCAGGGCUUCCACCUGGCGGCCAUUCACCCAUUCAUCCACCCCUGCGGCCCAGAGUCCAACAGCCCUCAACACCAACUCUACCGCGCCAUCUUGGUCCAGAUCAACGAUGGGGUGGACAGGAGGCAGGCGCCCUGCCCGCCGUGCAGGCUGCAGCUGGAGCAGUGUGUGCCCGCAGAGCAAGUGCCAACCACUGAACUCAUCCAGGGAUACGUCAAGAAGUGUCUUUCUUCCCAACAGCAGAUCCAAGACGCGGCCGACCAGGGCGUGACAUUCGUGGGCUUUGUGCAGGAACCCUACGGAGCACCCUGCACCAUGAUCCGAGAGCCGGACACCCCCUCGCUGUCACUCCACUCCAGCCCCAGCUCUGUACUCGGCUCUCUGGGCAGCCGAAGUCCCUCAAACCCCUGCAGCCCCGCCCGCCAAGGCGAUUCAGUAAAGGAGACAGACACGUGCAAGAACUCCGAAAAUCAAUCCGAGGCUCAGGGCGAAGUUUCGGCUGCCUCUUCACCGAUAUCUGAGGAGUUGACAGAGGAGGACUCGCAGUCUCAUAACAACAACAAGGAAGGUGCACCAGAGACAAGGCCGAGGACCAGAUACCUGCAGAGAUCUUACGGGGCUGAACUUCUGGCUUUGUACAACCACCCGGCGGUGCGCGAGGGCAACGCGGUGAAGUACUACACAGUCAAGGUGCCGCUGCGGGUGCACGCUAGCGUCAACGGCGCAGACGACGUCAGAGAAGUGGAGGCCAACUGGCUGGAUCACAUGACGCAGCACUUCAACAAUGGAGCCUCGCUGGUCGACGGACACUUUCACCUGGGAAAUUCUCACGAUUUGCUUCCCAAGUCGGUGGAAAGCAUCUUCGUGUUCCAGGAAGGCGGCGAAGGCGAGGCCAACACAACCUAUGACGCCAUCGUAGUGGAGCAAUGGACCGUCAUUGAUGGUUUGCAGGUCAAAGCGGAUUACGUUCCCCUGCUGCAGUCCCUGGCCACGUACGGCUGGAGACUCACCUGUGUGCUGCCGACGCCUGUCAUCAAGACCAAUAGUGAUGGCAGUCUGGCGACCAAACAGAUUGUGUUCCUGCAGAGACCAGUCUUAGGACGAAAGCGGAGGGAAUCCAAGAAACUCAUCUUCAAACCUCGCGGCAAGGCGAACAAGAAUGGCAUCAAAGACAAAGGAAAGAAGACUAAACCUAAACUAGAAAAAGAUGCCAAGAUUCCUGAUUACAGUGAAAAGCUUGGGAACAAGGAAGAUGAGGGGAGAACCGCAGAGAGCAAGAAAAUGCAUGAGGAAGAUGAAAAGAUUGACGAUGCAAGCGCAGUCAAAGUAGAAACCGUCCAAAAUAAAGAGGAAGCAGCUGAAGUAGAAGACGUGACAGAAAAGGAAAUGCCUGAAGUUGAUGAAGAGGGAUUGAAAGAGUCUUUCGAGAAGACUGACACCCAGGAAGUGACAGAUACAGCCACUGAAGAGACCGUGGUUGGGCAGGAGGUUGAAGCUUUAGUUGAAAAUGGUGUAGAAAUGGAUGAAGAUGAAAAUGAAGAUGAAGAAGACCACAAAAAAUGCAAGACUGAAGAAUCGGUAGUCCUAGAUGUGACCGCCAAGGAUACAGUAGCUGCUUCACAGGCUCCAACGAUGAAUGAAAUACCACAAGAGUAACUCAAAAUUGACAAAACUCUACCGCUAAAACCUCAAAAUCAAGACAGGGUUCACACUGACAUUGUUGGGACUUGUACCGUCACAAGCUGCAUUGACCUCUAAAACUGCCAUCUUUCAUCCACCGACUCUACUGUAUAACCACACAUUGUGAAUGUACCAUGUAUCCUUGGGGAGCCUGAGGCAACCAGAGCCAGAAGAUGCUUGGACUAGACUAAGAACUAGAACGCCCUCUGCCUUCAAAGGGACAGGGAGUGCUACAUGGACUAUGUACACAGAAAAGUGAUGUCAAUGCACAUGGAUUCUGCUUUGAAGUCUUGACAUUUUCUGCUUGUUUUUGGGCUCAGCCAAAAAGUUGAUGAAAAUAACAAAGAACACUGGUCAACCUCCGUCAUACUACUGACUGCUUAAAAACAGAAAGGACUGCUGAUUCGUUCAGUUCUGCAUGAUUGGAAGGCUAACACAGUGGGAGGGCUUUGUUUGCGACAGGCAAUCCAAAGUAGCGUCAAGAGAUCUUCGGAGCUGAUAUGAGGAUGACAGCUACGCUCACCUUGCAUACAGAAUGUUCGGAAAAAGCGGAUGGGAAAUUCAUAGGAAGUCAAUGUAGCUUUUAUCUUCAAAGAUGUAUUCCCUCUCAGUGUUCAUCUUGUUUCUGGCCGUCCAUUGAAAACAUUUGUCGGCUACACCUUUAGUUUUAGGUACCGGGAGUCGUAAUUUUAGUGGCUAUGUAACCCAAACUUGGCUCAAAGCUAGAACACGCUAUAGUUGAUCGGUGAAGGAAAACCAUGAUUACAACAAAUUUUGGAACCUUGAAUUAAAAAAUAAGAAAUUGCAAGAGCAGUAUGUAAAACAACUGUGGAUACUCUAGUAUUGUGCUGUAAAAGUUAAGAGGGAUUUUGCCCCUAAAUUUAGUAGAUUUUGACUUUUGUGGACGUUUGAUGUUAGAGAUCCUACUUUGAGUCUUUAUACACAGACAAUCUUGGUUUGCAUCAAAGUUAUGUUCCUCCAGUGGCCACUUAACCCCAGAUUGUUAAUUGCUAAUUAAACUCCAAGCCCUCCCAGUUCAAAAGGAUUACAGUGAUCCCUCACUAGUACCAUCCAUUGCGUUUUUUUUUUCUCAAUAAAAAAAUAAAAUAAAAUACAGAUGAGCUGUCCCGAGCCGAUUUUGUAGUCUCUCUCCCUGCUCUUUGUUGGUGGCAGUGCACUGGAGUUGCUUAUUAAAGUUAACGAGGAUUGACAUAUGUUUAAUGUUUGAUCUUGUCAGAGAAGCAAACUUCAAAAAGCCGCAUGCGUCAAUCAUCGGUUAACUUGUUAAACAGUUGCUGUGGCAACUCACUGUGUGCAAGUGAGCAGCUUGAGCAGAUUUCAGUGGACUCACUCAAUGAAGCAUUUAAUAAAUCCAAGCAUUUUUCUACUUUUUUCUUGUUGAAAAUUAUUCAGUGGGACAGUAACAUGUUCAAAACUUAUCAUUAUUACAUUUGAAGUGCUUAAAAACCAUUUAUUGAAAUUAGGGCUGUCAAAAUUAUCGCGUUAACGGGCGUUAAUUAAUUUUUUAAAUUAAUCACGUUAAAAUAUUUGACGCAAUUAACGCAGAUGCCCCGCUCAGACAGAUUUAAAUGACAGUACAGUGAAACGCUCACUUGUUAUGUAUUAUGGAGUUUUGCCGCCCUCUGCUGGCGCUUGGGUGAUUUUAUAGGCUUCAGCACCCAUGAGCAUUGUGUAAGUAAUUAUUGACAUCAACAAUGGCGGGCUACUAGUUUAUUUUUUGAUUGAAAAUUUUACAAAUUUUAUUAAAACGAAAACAUUAAGAGGGGUUUUAAUAUAAAAUUUAUAUAACUUGUACUAACAUUUUUCUUUUAGGAACUACAAGUCUUUCAUCCAUGGAUCGCUUUAACGAUGUUAAUAAUGUUAAUGCCAUCUUGUUGAUUUAUUGUUAUAAUAAAAAAAUACAGUCCUUAUGUACCGUAUGUUGAAUGUAUAUAUAUCCAUCUUGUGUCUUAUCUUUCCAUUCCAACAAUAAUUUACAGAAAAAUAUGGCAUAUUUUGUAGAUAGUUUGAAUUGCGAUUAAUUACGAUUAAUUAGUCUUUAAGCUGUAAUUAACUCGAUUAAAAAUUUUAAUUGUUUGACAGCCCUAAUUGAAAUAUAUAAUAGUUGGGUUUUUUUUUUUAUUCUUUGGGGGGGAAAAAAGUGAAAAACAUGUCUUCUAUAUGGCUCUUUCCAAUGCUAAAUCUGAAUAACUACAUUGAACACACCCCAAAAAAAAAAAUAAUAAUAAUAAUAAUAAUUAGGAGGGAGGGCGCUAAUUCACGGUUUUUCACUUAUCGUGGAAGGUUCUGGUCCCUAUUAACCGUGAAAAACGAGGGAUCACUGUAAAUGCCCAUUUCUGUCAAUGGCCGCAAAUGAGUUCAUGAAACAUGAAAGUUAUAAUUGCAGGAAAUAUUUCUAUGAAAAAUAUUUGCUGGCCAUAAAUUAAUGUUUCACCUUACCAUACUAUUUAACAUUUUCCAGCGAAUUUCUCUUCUCUGCAAUCCCGGAAAACUCACUUUUCUGUAAUAGUACAUUCAUGCUGUGAAUUUGCAAGUGUAUAAUUUGAGCUAACGAAAGUAGCUGCAAGGCACCCGCGGCGCGUUAAACAAAAUAUAAAUGAAUUGGCUCGUUUGAAAGUACUAGCAGUUUUGCCAUGGCUUUUACCUCCGGCUAUUUAAGCGCUCCUCAGCAGGCGUCGUUUAUAACAAUAAGCAAGUGGUGAGAUGGCGUUUAGUCGCGUUUUUCAGUGACAGGUGGGACGGCGGGUGGGUCGACAAGGUGAGAGGCGGCAACGUCCGGUACCGGAUCGCUCAUUAGGUUGCUAAUGGCUUUUGUCAGUAGGGCGUCUGUUAGGAAGCUUGCAUUCAUUACACAGGGGGAGGGUUGUCAUAAAGAUGUCCCCCCAGGUACCUUAGCAAGUAGCCUUCAGAUUCCACACAGUUCACUUUAAUGUGAACCGACUUUUUUUUUUCUUUGUGAUUGUUUUUCUGCCUAAAUGUAAUAAUAAGAUCCGAGCAAGACAAAUUGUUUGCUUUUCUAGUGUCCACCUGUUGCAAAAAUGUCUGGUGUUGUUUUUGUGUAGAAGCAAAAAUAUGUGAGACCAUCUUAGCCUUAAUUAGCCUAAUUGUCUUGAAACUGUUUCUUGUACAACAUUGGUUCUUGGAGGUUUUUACACGUUUUGAAGAGGUGUCUAAAAAUUCUCUCAGUCACAACACCUGCAAUGUUCUGGAAAUUCAACCCAUAGAGACAGUGUCACUUGGCAACAAGGAAUUAUGAGAGUAGAAGUGCAAAACAAAAACUGUCAAGAAAACCACGUCUGAAAUGAUUAAAAGUCUUAUUUAGCUACAAAUGAAUUUAUCAGUUCAUUUCCGGAAAGUGAUCAUUCCUGAAAGUGAUCGCACUUAGCAACAAUGAAUUUGGUUAAAAUAUGUAAAAUGAGUAGAACAAUACAUGAAAAAUCUCAAGAAACCAUCCGAGUAGACCUCCAAAACCAUUUCUAGAACCUAUGCUCAAAAAAGGCAAUUCUGCCAAUUUGGUUUAAAGUGCCUGUGACACAAAAAAACAUGUUUAUUUCAUAUUACAGUGCUAUUUUAUGCUCCUGAAUGAAAUGGACUGCUUGGAUGGGUGUAGAAGCGAUCGAUAUAUUCAAUUUUUUUGAUCCCGCGCUAUGAAAAUGAGAGAUUUCCAGCUACGGUCUCGGAUUGAGGAAGAACGCGAAUGAGACGUCAGCGGACUAACCAUUUUCACAAUACAGCUAUUACUAUCGUAUGCAGAAGGACUGCGGAUUUAGCUGAUUUUUCGGAUAAAUUCCUUUAUUUUUUGCGUCAUACCAGCCCAAUGUGCUGCAGGAUUUUGUUGCCACACUAGAGUGAUGUAAGGCUUUUUGGAUUUCCAAAAGAUCCUGUUCACCGCGAAUAAUGGGCAAAACAAGUCCGACAAUCAAGAGACCAUUGGACGGAUGACUAAGGCUAUGUUCAUACUACAUACAGGUCUUAAUGCACGAAUCCAAUUUUUUCGUGUUUUUCCAACUCGAGUGAGGCAUUAACUUGACGGUCUGAACGUGACAAGUCGCAUAGAACUGGACCAUUUCAAAUCCGAUCUGGGUCACUUUCGUAUGUGGUUCAAAUCCGAUCUGGGCCACAUUUUUCCAGACUGUCGCAGCGGUCUGUACUGUCCAGUCUCUAAAAUCGGAAUUCAUGCAGCAAUUACGUCAUCAAAAAGCGAGAGAGACGCCACGGUAGCGGUGCAGCUGUGCGUUAUUAGCACCUAGCUUGCCUUGAACACGGCUUUUUAGGAAGAGUCGGCCUUGACAACAGUCAUAAAAAAAUAAAAAUGGGUUGAGGAUAAGCCUGAGAUUGAUCGGUUUUCUGUCUGCUCCAUAUAAGCAAUAUUUCAACAUUGCUUACACGGCCGAGAGUCGGGGCAAACUGCGCGUAUGUGUGUAUGACAUGCACGGACAGUGCGUGCAUGCUAUCGAUCCAUAUACUUUGAAUAUGAGCCUAAACUGGGAUUAUUUAUGUCUGUUAUUUGUGUCCUCUUUUUAAAAAGCAAAAUAUGAUAUCCCUGGAAUGACAGAUGACAGCCAGCGUGUGUGGUCAUUUGUUUUGAUGCUUCUGCGCAUGCGGGUCAUCUUGCUCAGUGCGUGUCGGACUGCGAAUUAGUGCGCAUGCGUAAUACUUGAAUGGUCUCAAUGGACAAAGGCAGUCUGAACGGGCACGCCAAAAAAACAAGAUAUGACAAAAAAUCGGAUUCGUGCAUUAAGACCUGUAGUAUGAACGUAGCCUAAGUAAGCUACGCGUUUUAUGUUAUGUCAAACAGUGGGAUCAUGGUUAUGUCAAACAGUGGGAUCAUGGCAAACAUUUUAAUAAGGAAAUGGCUUGCAUUUUGUGGGUGACAAUGCUCUCUGUCCACUGAGAAGGACACACGACCGGCGACCUGACGCACACUAUAGUCGCCGGCCGAUAAAGGCCUGCCAGCGGAUAGAGCACUAUCCUCGGCUUGGGUCCGGGGAGCCCCCCGCUCUCGUCUCGGGUUCUUGAUUGUGUCAAGACUUCGACCCCCCUUGGCCCUCUUCACAUGCCCGCCUAGAGAGCACUAUACUCGGCUUAGGCCCAGGCAGCCAUGCGCGCCGAAGUCUAGUCGAAGCUGAGCACUGCCUGUCUGCCGGGGCCGCGGCAAAACGACGAGCCGAAACUUGCUUGCCUCCGGGGGCUGGCCGAUCGGUAAAGACAAUCACCCCUGCCGACGUGUGUGACAUGAGACAGGGUAGUUUUGUGUGAUUUUUUUAUUUUCGAAAGGCAAGGAAAAGAUUUGGAAAAGCCGCCCGGUUUGGGUUAGCAUGUUGCUUAGCUUUCACGCCUCCUGCUUUAUUUACGCUCUUUCCUCCGUCGCCAAAGCAGAGGCAGGGAAAUGACAAAAGCCGGACUAAGACCGGUGGCAUAAAAUUGCAUUGAAUUCUAAAUCAGCUGAAAUCGAUACUCUGCCGACAUCAUCACCCAGAUGGAGGCGCUAGAGCGCUGGAGUGACAGGCAAGGCUAAACGGCAGAUUAAAACACUCAUGUCUCGUCAUCUGCGGUUUGCCAAAUUGUUGUAUAUAGUCGAAUCGUCUCAAAAUAUUAUUUUAUUUCACAUAAUAAUGGUAUUUAAUAAGAUUUUUUUUAAUGGUUUCACAGGCACUUUAAAGUGGAAAAGUUAUCCUUGGACAAACCUGUUGGUUAACUGCAUGAUUAGAAAAUUUAGGAUCCCUUACAACAUAUUUAGUACCAAAAGUAGGCCCACAAAAAGUCGUAAGAACCUAUGCCUGAAAUGACAAGAAAAGUCCAUUUCAAAGACCAUUUCAGUUCAAAGCGGCUUUUUGAUAAGUCAACUUGGUCAUUUCCAAUUGUCCUUGAAACCAGGAAACUUUUUCUCGUAAUAAGUGGCCUGCCUGGCGUAUUGACCAACUAAUGCUGCAAGCCAUCUCCCGAGAGUCUCUUAGUUUGAAACCGAGGGUCCACACCCUGCCCUAAGGCAAAGUGUGAGGUUAUCCUUAAUGGCGGCCCGGGUUCAGGGGUCACAUUUGGCCUUGGGAUUGAUUUUUCCAGAGGAGAAGCACUCUAAUUGUGACCUGAGAUGUGACGUGUGAUUACAUUCUCUCACUGUCGUGGAGGUCUUCUGCCUGCUCUUGACUUAAAUUGACUUUUUUUUUCCAGGUUUUACAAUCAUUUUAUGCAAAUGACUGGGCUAAAAGAGGCUAGUGCUAAUUUUGUUUCCUUUCCCAAUUGUAUGGCGGUUCAUCAGGUUACAUAAAUUCCGGGAAACAAAUUCAUCGUCACUGCCAUAUUUUGAAUGUUAACAUCACGAUGUGACGUACAAGCAAUAGUUAAUACAUAUUGGAAGAAAAACCAUUUAUUUAGAAAAGCAAACAAGGAAUGCAUGUUCAGUAGAGGCCCCUCUGGAUUUUGGUCAAACAGUGGCGAUAUCAUUAUUUCAUAUAUUUAUUGCCCAUUUGAUUCCGUAUAAAUUAUGCUAAUGCUAAGAUGUUAACGCGUAGCUGUGCAUCGUUGACAGAACAAGGGUUAUGACUUUACACUGUUUUUGCUAAUGUUAAACCUGCCAAUCUACAACACCGUUGGCCUGCCUUCCCUCCAGUAAAAUCACCAGGGUCGCAUGAUAGCUGUUUAUUUGUCUUUACAUUCUAUUCGGACAGGCAUGAACAGUCGUAACCUUGACUAACGUUCCAGUCACAAGGCUAGCGGAACGUCAUCUUUUCCCGAUAAAAGACCUCUGAGACCAGUGCCACUCUUGGGAUCGUGGGUAAUUG